AUGAAGUCCUUCGUUGUGUCUUCACUUCUCCUUUCGGGGGCUGCUGCCUUCCCGUUCGUGGUUGACCAAGCUGGUGUCAACUCAGAAAUCGUUCAAGCCGAGCGACAACGUGUUCGCAGACAACAAGCGAACCCAAAUGGCCCAGGCAGCGCAGCAACUUGCCCAUUCAACGCAAACCACGUACCUGCCCCAGGUGUAAAGGCCCCAUAUCUGUACAACAACGCGAAGAACGGCGCACCAGGUAAUGGAAGGGGUGGCUACGUCGUCCCAGAUCCAAACGAUGCAGCCCACGCAUUCGUUGCACCCGGACCAAACGACAUUCGUGGCCCAUGCCCAGGUCUUAACGCUGCUGCCAACCACAAUUUCUUGGCCCACGACGGUAUCACCACAUUCAGCGAACUGGUCGACGCCCAACAAAACAUCUACAACGUUGGCUACGACCUCGCGAACGUUCUUGCCCUGCUCGGCUUGACCCUCACCGACGGCGACCUCGUCACCGAGAAGCUGUCCAUUGGAUGUGAUGCCACCACCCGCACAUCCUUUGCCCCAAUCUUGACCGGCUCAGAGCCAGGUCUUGAUGGCCACAACAAGUUCGAGGCUGAUACUUCGUUGACUCGUAACGACUACUUCACACACAACGGUGACAACUUCAACUUCAACGGCACCCUCUUCGGCAUGAUGACCGAGACUACUGGCGGUCUGUACAACCUUGAGAACCUCGCCCAGUACCGAUACGAGCGAUACCAGCAAUCGAAGGUUGAGAACCCCAACUUCUACUUCGGUCCAUUGAGCUUGCUGCUGUUCGGCGCCGCCUCGUUCUUGUACGAGCUCAUGCCAUCAGGCCCAGACUACAUCCCCGACAAGGCUACCAUCUCCUCUUUCUUCGGUGCCCAGGACAACAGCGACGGCACCUACUCCUUCAACAACAUGGAGAAGAUCCCAGACAACUGGACCAACCGUGUCGACCCAUACGAUCUCACCAAGGUCGGUUCCGAGAUUCUGAAGAUGUACCUCCUCAAGCCAGUGCCAUUCGGCGGUAACACUGCUGCCGGUACUUUCAACGUCAUCAACUUUGGUGCUAUUCAGAACGGUACCAUCGAUCAAGCUGUUGGUCUUGACCCUAAGGUCGGAGCUUGCUUGUUGUACCAACUUCUCACUGAGCGUGUGCCAUCGUACCUUAACGGACUUAUUACACCAUCUGUGGAUGCGCUUAGCUUGAUUGCGACCAAGCUUUCUGGCACUGACUUUGCCAACCUUGGAUGCCCUCAGCCUUUGACUUAA